AUGGUGACCCUCGAUGAAGUCACGGCACUUUUGCAAAAGCCAUCUGAUGCAACCGCAGCCUCGUCCUCCGCCCUCAUUCGUGCUCCCUCGCACUACAAACCUCUCAGUACCUUCGCCCUGCCAAAGGAACGCUCUUACCAGCAGCAAUUUGCCGACGUUUACUUCCUGCGUCUCACCUCCAUCCGACCCGCCGUUGAUGCCGUCGCCGCUGAGGCUUGGGAUGGUACCGUAAUCGGCGGCGAGGAGGCCCGCCACGUUAACCGUGUUCUAGAUGUGCGUCAGGGUGAACUGUGCUGGGUUACUGGAACAGUCUACAUGGAAAUGGCCCUGAAGCCCAACAUUCUGGAGGACGUUUCCAAAGAUCGCUGGAUAUCUGCUCCUAUCUCCACAGACCGCUACUAUUCCGAGGACGAUGCGGACCAAAUCAUGCUCGAGGACGACUCUGGCCGCGUCCGCCUCGUCGGAGACGUCCUCAAGUCUAUCCACCUCGUUACGGGCUGCAUCAUCGGCGUCAUGGGCACUGAGAAUGCAAAUGGCGAAUUCGAAGUAAUUGACGUCAAGUUCCCCGACCUCGCACCGCAACCCAGUCGGUGGUCCCUCACAUCCCCUCCUUCUGAUGAUCACGACAUGUCCGGCACGCCCUCACAACGGCCGUCCUCCAAGAUCGCCAUCGUCUCCGGGCUUUCCUUCUCCGGCACAGACGCAUCCUAUUCUCUCGAACUCUCUCUCCUCCUCGAGUUCCUCCUUGGAGAGGCUCUUUCUUCCUCGACUCAAACAGAUUUGACGGCCAUCUCCCGCCUCAUCAUCGCGGGCGACUCCAUUUCCACAGCGUCGGCGAACCCGGUCCUGAAACCGGUCGAUAGUAACAGUAAGAAGAGCGCAAUCACAAAGAAAUACGGCUACGAUGCAAGCGCGUACAACCCUCUGCCAAGCCAGCUUUUUGACGAAUUCCUCGCCGACCUCCUACCUUCGAUUCCCGUUACACUCAUGCCGGGCGCUCAGGAUCCUGCCAACGCGAGUUACCCGCAGCAGGCGAUCCACUCGGCCAUGUUCCCUCGUUCGAGGCCCUAUGCUUCCACUCCGGACGCUAAGGAGCCUGGCUGGUUUGACACGACCACUAACCCGUGGGAGGGCGAGAUCGAGGGUUGGAGGGUCCUAGGUACAGGCGGUCAGAAUAUUGACGACGUCUUCAAGUACGUCGACAGUGAUGAUAGGCUGGGAAUGAUGGAGGCAACGUGUAGGUGGAGGUGUAGCGCGCCGACAGCGCCGGACACACUCUGGGCCUACCCAUUCCAAGAUGACGAUCCGUUCGUUAUGAAGAACGCCCCCCAUCUUUACUUCGUCGGCUGCCAGCCCGAGUUCUCCACAAAGGUUAUUCAAGGUCUCGAAGGACAACAGGUCCGGCUGAUUACCGUUCCUUCGUUCUCGGAAACCAAAGAGAUUGUCCUUGUGGAUACGGAGACAUUAGAAGUCUCCAAGGUUAAAAUUUCGACAGCAUCAUAA